GAUUUGCAGGUCAGUUCGACUCGGAGUUAGCUCCAGUUAGGAUCGCCUAGUGUUUCUCUUGCUCUAUAAUUUGAAAGGAUGGUGAUUGAAAAGUGGAAGGAGUGUGGCAUUGCCACCAAAUUUCCCACUUACCGCAACUCGCCGCUGGUGACGGUGCACAGCUGGCAGAAGGGCAAGCGACAGGAUGACGAGGCCGAAGGAUUGUGGCGCAUACACGAUGGCAUCUAUGACUUUACGGAGUUUAUUGAUAAACAUCCCGGUGGUCCCUUUUGGAUACGUGAAACCAAGGGCACGGACAUCACCGAGGCAUUUGAGGCUCACCAUUUGACCUCCACGCCAGAGAAGAUGAUUACCAAGUACAAGGUGCGGGAUGCUGCAAAGCCAAGGAUCUACACGCUAACGCUGCACGAGGAUGGCUUCUACAAGACGCUGAAGGAACGUGUGAAGCAGCAGCUCAAGACCAUUGACAAGCGCCCAAAGCGCAAGAGCGAUCUAAUCCAUCUGGGCAUCUUGCUGUCCACUUACCUCUUCGCUGUGGCCAGCGUCAAGUACAACAGUCUGUUGGCUUUGGUUCUGGCUGGCGUGGCGCUCUGCUGGACGGUGAUUGUGUCCCACAACUAUUUCCAUCGUCGCGACAACUGGCAGAUGUACACCUUCAAUUUGGGCCUGAUGAACUUCUGCGCAUGGCGUAUCUCACAUGCCAUGUCACAUCACAUCUAUCCCAAUUCCUACUACGAUCUGGAGCUGAGCAUGUUUGAACCGUUGCUCUGCUGGGUGCCCAAUCCACACAUCAAGAGCAAAGCAUUGCGCUAUGUCUCGUGGAUCACAGAGCCACUGGCCUAUGCCAUUGCCUUCUUCCUGCAAGUGCUCACGCGCAUCUACUACUCGUUGCGUCACACGAAUAUUAUGUAUUGGCACGAUCUCUUGCCCCUCACAAUACCGCUCGUCAUGUAUUUGGGAUCGUCUGGAUCGGCGGGCUUGUUGUUCUGUGUGCGCCAAUGGCUGGCGAUGACGUCGAUUGCCAGCUUUUCGUUUUGUGUAAUCGGCUUGAAUGCCGCUCAUCAUGACCCAGAGAUCUAUCACGAGGGCGACAAGAACCGUGAGGAUCGCGAUUGGGGCUUGUUCCAGGUGGACACUAUUAUCGAUCGCGGCGACUUGAAGUGGUCACAGUUCCUGGUGCUCACACACUUUGGUGAUCAUGUGCUGCAUCAUUUGUUCCCCACACUCGAUCAUGGCCUGCUCCCUGCUCUCUAUCCGGUGCUCUACGAGACGCUGGAUCAAUUCAAGGGUGAGCUGCGCGAAUGCAAUCACAUCGAACACAUGAUUGGCCAGCACAAGCAACUUCUGCGCAUACAUUCCAAUCCUAGAGCUCCGGGUGAGGGCAAAUAAUUUAGCUUUAAAACUACAGCUCUAUAUUAUAGCAAACUUUUGUAUAUAACAGAAAUAAAUAUUUCAUUUUUAGCAAAACAUUAUUUUAAUAAAACACAAUUUCUUUUUUAAAUUGA